AGAUGAACGAAAAUGGCGGGAAGAAUUAUGAAGUUAAUAUAUUAUUUAAUUUUUGUGGAAUUUCAUUCGGUGUGUGCUGGUAAUUAUUCAAAUGAUAAAAGUAGUUUGGUUUUCGUUUUCGACACGACCGGUUCAAUGUUCAAUGAUCUGAAGCAGCUCAGGGAAGGAGCGGAAAUGAUAUUGAAAACUGCCUUGGAGGAAAGCAAUAUAAUAGCUGACUUCGUAUUCGUUCCAUUUCACGAUCCGGCCGUGGGUCCACCAACGGUUACAACACACAAGGAGGUAUUUAAAUCGGCGUUGAACAUAGUUCGUGUGUACGGCGGAGGAGACUGUCCUGAGAGAUCCUUGGGAGGUCUCCAACUCGCGCUGAAAGUCAGCAGACCUAGGUCCUUCGUAUACGUUUUCACUGACGCUACAGCCUCCGAUCAUAGACUUGUAGGAAAAGUUUUGGAUUCUGUACAGAGAAAGCAAAGUCAGAUUGUGUUCGUGUUGACUGGCCACUGCAACGAUCUCAACAAACCUUCGUACCAGGUUUACGAGCAAAUAGCGACCGCUAGCUCGGGGCAGGUGUUCAAUUUAAAUAAAACCAGCGUUCACAAGGUUUUAGAAUUCGUUCGUAGUUCUAUCCGGGGACGUACAGUUAACCUUGGUUCAUCAGUGAACCCCCCAGGAUACAAUUACACUCAACAGAUUCCAGUCGAUAAGACAGUGGGUGAAGUAACAGUGUCUGUGUCGGGAGCCAAGCCCAGUAUUAAAGUAGUGAAGCCAAGCGGCGAGGAACUCACAGGCCCUCCACAACUCGUCACUAUAUUGGAUCUGUCUGAGAUAAUGAUAGUGAAGGUGUUAUCUCCAGAGCCUGGUCCGUGGCGUGUGACGGUGGGCAGCUCCGAGCCUCACUCGGUGAGGGUCAAAGGUCUCUCUGAGCUCUCCUUCACUCAUGGAUUCUCUGUCACAGACGUAACAAGCCUCAAUCACACCAGCUACAGACCCUUAAAAGGUACAUAUAACAACAUGUUGAUAUCCCUUCCCGCCAAUACUUCCAUCAAGCUGGACCACGCGGAACUCCUGGAUUUGAAAGGGAAACCGGUGUUUGAGAUACCUCUGAAGAAAAUAGACGCGACCAGUAACGUAUACAAAGCGGACGCCUACAUACCACCCGAGGAGUUUUUUAAUAUUGCAGUAGUAGGUGUGGACUCUUCAGGAAACGAAGUCCGCCGGAGCAGCCCCACCGCCGUGAGCGCGGCGCCGCCCGAUAUUCCCAGCGUGACGGUACCGAAGAAGAUAGUGUCUCACCCACACUCUCGUGUCGUACUACCAUGUUCCGUGGACAGUGUCGUGCCGGUCACCGUUGUUUGGACUCGACGCGGUGUCGACCUUCACGAACACACUCACAGUCUACGAAGCACUACAGCUGAGUAUGUAAUAAAGGACGUGUCUGAAGCUGAUGUGGGUACGUAUCGCUGUGUCGCGAGUAACGCCGCGGGGCGCGCCACUGCGGAGACGAGCGUCGAUAUGAUAGCGUUGCCCCCACAAGUGACGGUGACUCCCACGACCGUCACCGUGACAGAGACCGAGCGUGUGUUGUUGACGUGUUCUAUAUACAGCGAGACGUAUCUGCACCGAGCCAGGAUCGAGUUCCAAGGAGAUCUGAAACAUUACGAUAUCAAAUUGGAGCCAUCAAUCGAUGGUUUGUACACAUUAAACAGAACCAUUGAAGAGGCUAAGCAAAAUGAUAGCGGUGUUUACACCUGCAUAGCCGCAAAUAGAGGGGGUGUUUCAAACCAGUCCACCGAACUCACAGUGGUACCGAAACCCACAGCUCUCAUCCUCGGUCCACACACGCUCACAAAGCUCCUCCACUCAGACAUCCAACUCGUCUGUCACGUGGAAAACGCUGUGACAGUAAUUUGGACGUACAACGACAUAACGGUGGCGAGUAACGAAGUUAACGGGAACUAUAACGACGUGAUGAAUGUGGAUAACGUGAAGGAGGACGGCGUCUGGACCUGCUCGGCCAACAAAGGCACAUAUAGCGCAUCAGAUUCCGUCCAAGUGACCGUACAUAUCAAACCCGAAGUUAGCAUAGUCGGUUCUAAGAACGUGUCUCUGCCACAAAACAGCACUUACGAUGUCGUAUGUACAGUGGUCGCUCGACCACAGCCACGCGUGUUGUGGCACAAAGAGACCGAGGAGUUUUUAUAUCACGUUCUAACAAAUCCUGAACCAAAUUUAUACAGAAGCGUGUUGACUGUAAACGGUACGAAUGGUACUUAUUUCUGUAUCGGCGAGAAUUCUGAAGGCAUCCAUCAAGAUAGUGUGGAUAUUAAUGUUUACUCUCCAAUGAUUUUGGAACGACAACUUAACGAUACAACCGUAGAAUUAUACUCACCGGUCAAAUUCCAUUGCAAAAUAAGCGCAUAUCCCAAACCUAAUAUAAAAUGGCGUCAUAACGAUACGCACGUGACACGGGACGAUAAUGUCGCCGUUGAUAAUGAUGUCCUUAUUAUAAAGAGGGUGGAUUUUGAUAAUCUCGGAGUGUAUUUAUGUGAAGCUGAUAAUGGUUAUGAGAAAAUUACAGUGAAUUUCAGCUUAGGUUUACACGGACUGGCAAAACCGCUUAUAUAUAAGGAACAUGAGAAGAUUGUUGUUCGUGCAGGGGAAACACUGAAUUUGACAUGUAGAAUAUUAUCUGGCAACCCGAAACCGGAUAUAACAUGGCGAUUUAAAAGUUCCACCAAUUUCACCAGCUUAAUAGACACUUCAUUGAAAAAUGAUACAGUUGUUAUAGAAAAUGUUAAUAAAAACAACACGGGCGCGUACAGAUGUGAAGCGAGUAACGUCAUAGGAGAAGACGUUCAUGAACUGACAGUGAGUGUGCAAUAUCCGCCGGAACUACACUCAGACCAGGAAGCCUACAAGAUGGAAGGUCCACGGCAAGUCAGGAUGGGCGACGCGAUCAGCCUGAACUGUAAUGUCACCGGCGACCCGCUUCCGCUCGUGACUUGGACCAAAAACGGCUUACCGAUAAAUUAUUCAAAAAAUACACAUCUGCACGGAGACACCUUGGUGAUCGAGGGCGCCACCAAGUUCGAUUCCGGCGUCUUUGUGUGUAACGCCAGUAAUGUCCUGGGAUCUACGUCGCAGAAUUUCACUAUAAUUGUAUAUGCGCCUCCCGUAGUGACAUCUAGCGGUGCUGAACUGGAAGUUUUGGAGGGUGAAUUGGUUGAACUACCGUGCGAAGUCAAAGGUCAACCGGAGCCGAGGGUGAAGUGGACUCAUAACGGUCAGGAUAUCAUAGAUAGGAGAAGACAUAGAGACGGAUAUGGGCUCAGAUUUAUCGCUAACUUAACCGACUUCGGCGACUACCGGUGUCUCGCGAGCAAUGACUUCGGGAACUCUUCGUUGAACUACACACUGUAUAUAUGGGUGACGCCAUCUAUUGAGGAGAGCGAGGAAGAAGUUAUUACUAUAGAAAAGGGUUGGAACGUUAGUGUUGAAUGCAACGCUGUCGGGUUCCCGAUACCGGUUAUAUCGUGGAAAUUCAAUAAUGUUGAUUUGAAGGAAAACACGUCGAAUGUAAGAUUCAAUAAUGCCGGAUCGUUGUCUGUAACUAACAGCAGUGUAGCCAGCCAGGGCGUGUACACGUGCUGUGCCGAAAACAUCGCCGGGGCAGCGUUUAAGAACUACAUUAUUAAUGUGAAUGAGGCUCCUUAUUUCCUGACCGACAACUUCACCGGUCCGUACAUCGCGUCGACGCUGGACAAGACGCUGGCCUUGUCCUGUAACGUUGCAGGCGACCCUCGACCUUUUGUGUACUGGAGUAAGGACGGUAUUGGCUUGAAUGUGGAUUCUCGCUUCGCCGUAGACACGGAAGGCACACUAAUAAUAAAAAACCCCACGGAAGACUUGAGCGGUGUCUACACGUGCACCGCCAUUAAUAUCGCCGGGAACGCUAGCAGGGAUGUCGCCGUACAGAUCUACUCUCCGCCGAUAUUAAUGAGAGACCAAACUUCACCUUUGAUUACAACGGCGAUAGAAGGAACGAGUGUUGAAGUGACAUGUCCUGUACGAGGAAACGUCACUGUCAAAUGGUAUAAGAAUGCAAUCCUGAUAUCGAAUGAAACCCUUAAAUUUUCGAACAUAUCUCGUACAAACGCUUCCUCACACACCUGCGUGGCCACCAAUAUGAUGGGUUCUAUACACACUGACGUCAUCGUGGACGUACAAUGGCCGCCGAAGAUACAAGAUGGCGGAGAUGUUGAAAUAUUGGCGGGAAACGACUGUUUCAUUGAUUGUAAAACUGAUGCAAAUCCACACGCUGAGAUAAAAUGGUUAUUCAACUCCAAGGCACUUAUGGGUGAAAACAAAGAAAAGUUAUCAAUACUAGACGCGAAAGCUUACAACAGCGGCGUCUACCGGUGUGUUGCCAGCAACGUACACGGGACCGUGUUCAAGGACACUCGGCUACAAGUCAUAGAACCGCCAUUUAUAUCAAUGUUUGAUUAUUUAGAAGUUGAACUCAAAUCGGGAACAAAUGCUAGUCUUGAUUGUAAAGCGACUGGGACGCCACCGCCCAAAGUCGCUUGGACUUAUAACAAUACGAAUUGGGUGUUACAAAACACGUCUUUAAUAUCUAUCGAUACGACAAUUCUGUCUGAGGGGCUUUUUACUUGUAAGGCGUCGAAUAAAGCCGGUACAAGGUCUAUAGUUUAUCGUGUAGUAGUCAUUGUAAGCCCCGUCAUUAAGGAGGUGAUCAGUUUUGUUGGUGGAGAGGGAAGGGUUGUUGGAGAAAUAGAAGAAAUUGAGGUUGGUACAAACACAAGAAUAGCAUGCAAAGCAUCUGGCAAUCCUAGUCCCAUAAUACAAUGGUUACAUAAUGGCAACAUUGUGUCCAAUGAAACGGGACUUUACGCGGACUUGAUAUUGACAAAUGUUGCCUCAUUAAAUAAAGGGGAAUACGUUUGUGUUGCCAGUAAUAUAGGUGGCGUUGAUCAAAAGAGAAUUAAAAUAGAUGUAUUAGAACCCCCGAGAAUAUUUCAAACUCUCUUCUACAACGCCAAUUCGUCACAAGCCAACGUGACAUUAGCGGUGCUUUGUAACCAGGUGUAUCACCUUCACUGUCACCCGUAUGGGAAUCCCCUACCGGAUGUAUACUGGUUCAAAGAUGGCGUUCCUUUGAAAUUUUAUGACGACGAAAUGUUGUCAACCGACUUCGGUGAAAUAAUCGUCUCUAAGGGCGCCAAAUACGAACAAAGUGGAAAUUAUACAUGUGUCGCCAGAAACAAAGUAGGCAAUGCAAGCGUUAGUUUUUUGGUUGACGUUUUAGUUCCCCCUCCUCCUCAGAAGGGAGAAAUCAAACGAGUGAAAACCUUGUCAGGGUUGUCACUCAAUAUAAGUUGUCCGGUCGAAGGACAUCCUCUACCGUUCAUAAGGUGGAUUAAACAACCCUACGCGGAAAUUGUGGAGAGUACGAGGACACUGUUGCUAGAUUAUAAUUCCACUUUACAUUUCCCAAACAUCGAUACAUCAGACUCCGGGUUAUACUCCUGUAUAGCCACAAACAGCGUUGGUACCACCGAGCUGCUUUACGAGGUCACGGUACAGACAGCUCCCACCAUCGCCGGGAAUGAUUCACAACUAGUGGUAGCACUUGGGAGAAGCAUCAUCUUGAAAUGUGAAGUUGCUGGCGUCCCUGAACCUAAGAUCACUUGGUUCAAGGACGUUCAGCGCCUGGGUCCACCGCUAGCUAGCGUCCAGUCUCUAUCUCAUACCAGCGUGGCGUGUGUGUGGGACUCCGCCCUUCGACACUCGGGCUCCUAUAGUUGCGUCGCAGAAAACGACGCGGGCGUCGCGCAUCGUCGGUACACCGUCAACAUCAGAGUACCCGGCAAGUGGAGCUCUUGGUCGUCGUGGAGUUAUUGCAAUGUGACCUGCGGCCCGGGCUACCAACGCCGAGACAGACGAUGCCAGUACCUGGACGACCGCAACAACACCAUCGAUAGAAACAACAAGCCGGAAAAUGUUCUCAUAGACGAGUCCUCGUGCAGGGGUUCCAGCGUCGAUAGGAGGAAGUGCCGCAUGCCGCCGUGCGAGUCUCCCAGUCCGAUGUGGUCUCGCUGGUCGUCGUGGUCUCCCUGUUCCUCGUCCUGUGAGCCGGCCGUCCAGCUCCGGACCAGGACGUGUCUGCAUGACGACUGUGACGGAGAUCACGUGCAGGUCAGAAAAUGUCCGGGUGUUCCAAAGUGUGAGACCAAUCGCUUGCAUUACACUAUAGGAGACGACCUCGAGGACGAAAAUAUUCCAGAUUACAUUCCUGAAGCUACGUUUGAACUACAACCCGACGCGGAAGAUGUCACAAAACCAAAAUUAUCAAAACCAUUCAAGAAGAAACCCAUUCCAGCAUCUCCCGUGUAUGAGGUGACGGUUACAGAGAAUCUUGACGGUAGUCAGAGAGGCCCGUGCGAGACAGGGGACUGGUUCGAUGCUGAUAACAACAAAUGUGAAGACGUGGACGAGUGUGUGACCUCAAGAAGCGUGUGUCACUCGACCCAGGUGUGUGUGAACACUCGCGGAGGAUACUCCUGCACCUGUGAGAAGGGAUACACCUCGCUGGGGGCCGGACAACGCUGUAUAGACGUGAACGAGUGCACGCUGGAUGUACACGAGUGUGAGUACGCGUGUGUGAACACGGCCGGCGGGUAUGUGUGUGCGUGUCCCGCGCCGCUCAGGCUACAUCGCGACAGGCGGCGGUGUGUGACGCCGUCGUUACAACACGAGCCCGUUCAAUACGAGGAUUAUGAAGACACGAAAACUUUCUACAAAUAUUUAUAAAUAAACAAUUAAAUAUAUAAAUAUUUUAAUUAAUGUUUCAUUUAAAAUAAUUCAACAAAUAAAAAGCUUUUUUGGU